CCCAAAGAGAGCAGAAGGGAGAGGGAGGGAGAGACACAGGAUUUCCUCGGCGGGACGUGCCCGGAGUUGCCCUAAUGGACGGCCAGGAUUUUUAAUGAGGAUGAAGAAUGGCGUCCGCUGGCAGAGGGGGGAGAGGAAUGACACGUGGGUUACCAGGUGCCAGAGGCGUCACGUAGGGAGUCUCCGUGGAUGCUCACAACCGCCCGCCCGAGGAGGUGAUCGAAUGAAAUGGCCUCGUGUCACAGGGGGAGAAACAAGCCCGGCCAGGUGAGCGCGUGCCCCUGGAGUCAUGGCCAGGAAGCCUGGACGGGGCCAGCCAGGUCUGCAGGGCCUGGGCCGCCUGCCCCUGAGACCCCCCUGGCAGCAGGUGUUAGCUAGAAGUUGGGCUGGAAAGGGCCAUCAGGAAUUUCGGUUUGGAAGGCAGAGAAAGGGCAGGCGUUGUGGGUGUGAAUUCUGGACGGAGAAGCGGCAGUCAGGUUCUGGGCGAAGCCCCGGCGGUGGAGCCCGCGGGUCAGCGGAGAGCAGGGCGAAGGGCCUUCGGGGAAGGAGGCUGGUUCAGGGCAGGCCUGGCAGCUUGGCCCACCUCCCAAUGCCGGUGGCUGCCAGGUAACACGCCGCAGAGCCCCGAGCAGAAAGGAAUGAGAAUCUGAGGUGCUGAAAGCCGUGGAAACUGCUCGUGAAAAUGGUGGGAGGCAGAGGAGGGAGCAUGAACGAUGAGCGGGCUGGCAAAGUCUUCUAGGAAAAGUGGGGGUAGGUCCGAGAGCAGAACUAACCUUUUUUCAAAAUGCCUACAACAUUUGUCAUCUGUUUUCACAUUCACAGUCAUCCCGGAAAGUAGGCUGCUGGUUUCUCCUUAAGGGACGAGGAGGCCCGAGGCUCCCCGGGGAGCCUGCCCUGCUCAGGUGACAGCUCCUUAGCCACCGGUGGGCUGAGAUGCCAGCCCAGGGCCACCUGCCUGCAGGCCAGCCUCCAGCAUCUACUGCAAAUGUGGGAAAAGAGCAAGGAGCCUGCAACUCAUCAAUCGCCUGCUCCCUUCCUCUGAUGUCCCUCCUCAUCCCCGUGUCUACCCGCGUGGUUUUAUAGGGUUGUAACUGCCGUUUGGAUUCGGUGGUCGCCACAACCCGGUAGCCUGCUUUCACAGUAGCCACACCAUCAUAAACAUCUCCAUUCUUCAUCAUCAUCAUGGUAGCCAGCUGCAUGGCAUUUCUUUGGAAUCCGUUCCUGUGGAUGAGUGGCUCCUUGACUCCCAGGCCCUUUGAGGUGUCAGGAACCCCGCUCCCGCUGGGGAAACUCUCUGCCUCGCGGAGAAACAACACCGGCUCCUUCAUCCAGAGCAAGCUGGCCAUUGCUAUGGAUACCGAGUCCACGUACUCUGGAUAUUCCUACUAUUCCGGCCAUUCGAAGAAAUCCCACAGGCAGGGGGAGCGAAAUAGAGAGAGGCACAGAUCACCCCGGAGCAAAGAUGGCAGAGGAUCCGAAAAGGCUGUCACCAUCCAGGCGCCCCCCGGGGAUCCCCUGCUGGGGAACGACUCCACGCGGACGGAGGAAGCUCAGGAUGACAACUGGGGGGAGACCACCACGGCCAUCACCGGCACCUCGGAGCACAGCAUCUCGCAGGAGGACAUCGCCCGGAUCAGCAAGGACCUGGAGGACAGCGUGGGGCUGGACUGCAGGCGCUACCUGGGCCUCACCGUGGCCGCGGCGCUCGGACUCCUAGUCUUCCUCACCCCCAUCGCCUUCAUCCUGCUGCCCCCCAUCCUGUGGCGGGACCAGCUGGAGCCCUGCGGCACCAUCUGCGAGGGACUCUUCAUCUCCGUGGCCUUCAAACUCCUCAUCCUGCUCAUCGGGACCUGGGCCCUCUUCUUCCGCAAGCAGAGAGCCGACCUGCCCCGGGUGUUCGUGUUCCGGGCCCUCCUGUUGGUCCUCAUCUUCCUCUUUGUGGUCUCCUAUUGGCUCUUCUACGGGGUCCGCAUUUUGGACUCCCGGGACCGGAAUUACCAGGGCAUCGUGCAAUACGCGGUCUCGCUGGUGGAUGCGCUGCUCUUCAUCCAUUACCUGGCCAUCGUCCUGCUGGAGCUCAGGCAGCUGCAGCCCGUGUUCUCGCUGCAGGUGGUCCGCUCCACCGACGGCGAGUCCCGCUUCUACAGCGCGGGGCACCUCAGUAUCCAGCGAGCAGCACUGGUGGUUCUGGAAAACUACUAUAAGGAUUUCACCAUCUAUAACCCCAACCUCCUAACAGCCUCCAAAUUCCGAGCAGCCAAGCACAUGGCGGGGCUGAAAGUCUACAACGUGGAUGGCCCCAGUAACAACGCCACUGGCCAGUCCCGGGCCAUGAUCGCCGCGGCCGCUCGGCGCAGGGACUCGAGCCACAACGAGCUGUAUUACGAGGAGGCGGAGCACGAGCGGCGGGUGAAGAAGCGGAGAGCGAGGCUGGUGGUGGCGGUGGAGGAGGCCUUCAUCCACAUCCAGCGGCUCCAGGCCGAGGAGCAGCAGAAGGCCCCGGGGGAGGUGAUGGACCCCAGGGAGGCCGCCCAGGCCAUCUUCCCGUCCAUGGCCCGGGCCCUGCAGAAGUACCUGCGCACCACGCGGCAGCAGCACUACCACAGCAUGGAGAGCAUCCUGCAGCACCUGGCCUUCUGCAUCGCCCACAGCAUGACCCCGAAGGCCUUCCUAGAGCGUUACCUCCGCGCCGGCCCCACGCUGCAGUACGACAAGGAGCGCUGGCUGUCCACGCAGUGGAGACUGGUCAGUGACGAGGCCGUGACGAACGGGCUGCGGGACGGGCUCGUCUUCGUCCUGAAGUGCCUGGACUUCGGCCUGGUGGUCACUGUGAAGAAGAUCCCCUUCAUCGCGCUCUCGGAGGAGUUCGUAGACCCCAAGUCGCACAAGUUUGUCCUCCGCCUGCAAUCGGAGACGUCGGUGUAAAAGUCCUGCGUUUGCGGCUUUACUCCAAGAAAAGAGCCGGGAGGGAGAUCCGCGUGCACGGAGGGCCACCUGGUGUGUGUGACGUUCAUUGCCGAGCCUGGCCGGCGCUGGACCAGCGGCCUGACCUGCACUUUAUUUGGAAGGAAGACGAGGUGUUGCCCUGGAAACCCGUGCGGGGGACACCGGACUGGCGGAUGGGACUUCUCAAGAGGCCGUCCCCCGGCGUUCCUGUGGCAGCUGUAACCAAAGCAGAGCGGGCGGCUCUGGGAGCCUCGCCUUACAGCUUCGUCCCCGCCGUCUCGGGCGCCACAUCCUCCACAGCUCCCAGGGGACGCGUCUUUAUCCUGGUUCUGGAAGCCAGACUUGUGUGUGUGUGUGUGUGUGUGUGUGUGUGUGUGUGUGUGUGUGUGUAAAGGUCCAGUUCCACUCCCCCCGCAGCCAGGGGCUGUUCCUUGUUGCCUUAGGUUCUACCGAGAGAGAUCACAACAGAAAAUGUGCACUAAUGAUUCGAUUGGAUCUUUCUUUUCCCAAAGACAAAACCAGGCCGGUCUGUUUCUGAUCCUGUUUCCCUACGGGCCAGAGCAGGUAGCCUUUGCUCAUUCUGUGAUGGGCACCUGUCUUCACCCAUCCGCCCUCGUGCACACGCACACACACACACACACACACACACACACACACACACACCACCCACCCCGGCUGGCAGGUCCAGCCCGGGAAGCCCAACCUUCAGAGCUGCCAGGGACCUGGCCCUGCCCGUGUGCCUCAGGCGCUCCCACGGAUUGUUUGCGUAGGGAAGCGUGGAUUGCCCCCCCCCCCCCCCCGCAGGUAGAUCGCCAGGAGGGCAAGCCAGCUGGAAUGUCCCUUAGAACCCCUCCCCGGCUCCCCACCCACCGGGGAGGACUGACACUGUGACGGACUGGCAGCUUCAGCGUGGAGCCUCUAACGUCCAGGGAGUGCCUGCCAGGGGAGACCAGGCUAUGCCACCGCGGUGACAGCUGACAGCUGCUGCCCAGCCCCUGAUUUCUGACCACCGUCACUGUGCAUCCCACUCCAGCCCUCUGCUGCUCACUCCCGGGAAGGGCUGGUUGGCCCCUGGUGUUGUCCUGGCUUAUAGAGUUUGGUCGAGAGAGAAGGAAAGGUGCCCUGGCUAGUGUGGCUCAGUUGGUUGAGCAUCGUCCCAUGCACCAAGGGGUCUCUGGUUUCAUUCCUGAUCGAGAGAGGCAGGGGGAGGGGAGGGGGGGAGGAUGGGCCGCAGAGUGUAGGGAAAGGGGAGUGGGGGCCAGUCUUAGGGUCCAUGAUCAGCUUCUUAAAUGCAGCUGGUUCCAGGGGCUUUCCCGGCAGAGGCCUGUGCAGGGGCUCGGGGAGAGCCACACGGGUUCUCCGUGCCUCCCUCUGCCUCCUGUAUCCACAGCACACCUUUACCAAGUGCUCCCUCCUGCUCUCCCGGGCACGUAGGGCCCCGUCCGCUCACUUCAGUGUGUUCCCACCCCCGGCCCUGGUUAUGCGUCCGCAGGUGGCACAGGAUUCGUGUGUCAUCCUUUAAAUCAGAGUCGGCUUUGGAUAUUUGUACCUGAAAAAGGAAACGGUGUUCUUGAACGAACAGCCUUCAGGUCGAAAGGAAGACGUGCUGGGAAAGAAGGAAGGGAAGCCAGUCGGCCUGGCAUGGGGCCAAGGUGCGCUGUGUCACCGCACGGUUCCGCUGCUGGAAUCCACCCCCGUAACCAUGGUGCUUCCGUCCUCUUAGUGUUUGCCCGUAGGUCCCUUCAAGCCGGACAUUCCUUCCGGUGAUGCCUUUCUCAGGAAUAUGUUUCAGGAGAUGGUGAAUGUCUAUGACUUUGGCUGCGUGAAGGUUACAACGUCUGAGGCUGCUGCGUCGGGAGCACAGCGGUGGACACGCCCUAAAUGUCCCUGCACAGGGUUCACGGUGACGCUGCUCACCGGCGUCCCCAGGGCCCAGGCUUCCAGCCCGGUCUGCAGUUGCCAGCCCCGGAGGGGUCACGUCGGAUUGGCUGCUUCGGCGCCUGUCCCCCCCGCCGCAGGUGAAGAAAGGUUAAUAUAUUUCCUCUCUACCCGUUUCUCUCUCCCUCAGCCUUGUCAGACCUUCUGAAAUUACUGUUUCUGUUUUAAGUUGAAUACUGAUUUUUUUUACACUGACUUUGUACGAACCCGUUUUUGAAAGAAUACCAAAUAAAAUGCAGGGUCUCUGGACACGGAUUUUGCACAUUCAAACCCUUAAUAGCGGGGACAGUGUCCAUGGCGUUAACACACUGAAGAGCCGCACCCCGCCCUGGACCACAGUGUGUUUUUAUUUCAGUUCCUAGAACCAAUCGGCUGUUCUUCUUUAAAGGGGGUGUUCUGUGCCCUGGGGCUGGUCGCCUAUAGAUACAUCCACGUGAGAGGAGACAGAUUUCCUUUGCCUUAACUGUUUAUAGAUUUUUCUAUAACUUUCAACCGAGGGUAUUACAAUGUGGACGUUAAUUGCUAAAGCGCAGGAGGUAAUGAGCGCCUGCCCGAGACCGCUGUCUCCCUGGCGGUGUCUCAGCCAGUAGAUAACUUUUGUCCUGAAGUGUGUCCUUUCGAAGGUAAUGGCCAUGUUUAAUCGCCCGUGACCUGAAUGUUGAAGUCUGCGUGCUCGGAGGUGGGAGGGAUGGUCAGGUGUGGCCGUUCAUCCGUCCUUUGCAUUAGCAGUUAAGUCGAAGCACAGAAUGCUUUCGCUCAGGUUCAUCAAGCAAGUCCUCGAGAAAGUGCUUGGCCAGCAAGCUGCCCGGCCAUUACCAUCUCCCUUCCUCCCUCUCUCCUCUUCAAAUCUACGGACAGGACAGGUCCCACACAGCGGGUGGUAAGAGGUAGAUGGCCCCUGUGGGUGUGUGCUCAUGUGUGUGUUGUGUGUGUGUGCCUGUGUGUACAUGUGCCUGUGUGUUGUGUAUGUGUGUGUGCCUGUGUGUGUGCCUGUGUGUGUUGUGUGUAUGUGUGUGUGUCGUGUGUGGCUUGUUGCCCGAGCUUGGACCACCUUUUCCAUCGGGAGAACGUGGCUGUGCUGCCGAGUGUAGGAGAGGGAUGAGGUGCCCAUGGAGUCCUCUGUCUUGCAUCUCAGCUUCCCCUCUGAGUGCACGUGUUUAGAUGUGGAUAUGGCUCAGUGGGGAGCCAUGUGCCUUUCAGGUUGGCAGAACGCGGUCACCCUGCCCCUUCCCAUGCCUGCCCCUGGGAGAGAGUGACCCAGCCACUCAGUGAGACCAGCAAAUCAGGCCUGCGGCUGGCUCUUCCCCCCGGGCCCUACUGUGUCAGGCCCUCUCAGCAGCGGCGCACGUCCUGUGUGGCUGGGUGUUUCCAUGCACAUGAGCUUUUCUCAGCGUGUGUGCUAGCACGUAGAUGGCAUGUUUGCAUGUUAGGCACCUGCACAUCUGUGUUGUCUGUGGCAAUGGUAUGUCUCUUCGUAGGUAACUUGUUUGUGUGUUUCUAUGGAUGAGCGUGUGAGGUGCAUGUGCUUCUACACGGGCCGUGUGUUCGAGAGCUUUCCUAAUUGCACCCAUGGUUGGGAGGGUGCUGCAUAGCCAGGGACCCCUCCCUCCCUCCUGUGCCCCUUUCCCUCCGUCACACCAGCUCCUCCCAGGAGUGAGCAGUGUUGGCACUGAGCUGUCUCCUGCAGGGCCCGCCCCCCUGCAGGCCAGUCCAUGGGACCUUGUUCAGGCCCAUCUGACCUGACAGCAGAGAGAAAGGUCAAGUUCUGUGGCAAUUUCUCUUCCACCUCCAUGACCCUGGAAGCCUUACUGUGUGUUUGCCAAUACAGCUGAAAAACUGAGCAUCAUCCAAAAAAGAGCUGGAACCCUGAGGGCAGCACAGGACGUUGGCACAAUAUUUAAACAGUCCUGCCGCAGUGACCCUGCGAUUGUAAUGUGAUGCUGUAUUUCUGGGUAGCAUUUAUGCCUCCUGCAUCUUGUCACAAAAAAUAAAUCACUACUGUGAACGUA